CCGAACCGUAGCCCCCAUUUCCCCCAUUUUUUGGCAUUUCUUUGCGAAGAUUCCACCUUGUUUUUCUUCGUUGUCGCCGCUCCGGCCGUUGAAUUUCCUCUCCGGUUCGAGAAAAUUCGUUGAAAGUUUUGGCGGAAAUUCCAUGUCCCUCCUUUGAUUCAGUUGGUAUUGGUGUAAAGUCUGAAGCUUUGGACUGGAGGUCGGGGCGGUGUUGUGUUUAUAGUCGCGUGGAAAAAGCAUACCCCGCAAUUCAGGCGCAAAAUGUCUGAUACGGCUGAAAUGGUGGAUGAGUUCAAGCCCGAGUUCGAGAAGGAGCCAUCUUGCUCGAAGUCGGUGAAUGAGACGGUGAAUGGGUCGCACCAGUUCACCAUAAAGGGGUAUUCUUUGGCGAAAGGUAUGGGGUCCGGAAAGUGCAUUUCCAGUGAUAUUUUCACGGUGGGUGGCUAUGAUUGGGCGAUUUACUUUUACCCGGAUGGCAAAAACCCUGAGGAUAGCUCCAUGUACGUUUCGGUGUUCAUUGCCUUGGCCAGUGAUGGUACAGACGUUAGGGCGUUGUUUGAGUUGACGUUGUUGGAUCAGAGCGGGAAAGGGAAGCAUAAGGUGCAUAGCCACUUUGAUCGUGCUCUGGAGAGCGGGCCAUAUACAUUGAAGUACAAGGGGAGCAUGUGGGGUUAUAAGCGUUUCUUCAGGAGAACAAGUCUAGAAACUUCAGAUUAUAUAAAGAAUGAUUGCCUCAUCAUGAACUGCACCGUUGGCGUCGUUAGAACUCGUCUUGAAGGACCAAAGCAGUAUUCUGUUAUUGUUCCCCAAUCCAGCAUGGGUCAGGGCCUUAAGGAAAUCCUGGAAGCUGAAGUUGGUUGUGACAUUGUGUUCCGUGUUGGCGAUGAAUCAUUUAGAGCUCAUAAGUUGAUCCUUGCUGCACGAUCACCAGUUUUUAGAGCUCAGUUCUUUGGACUAGUAGGGGAUCGUAACUUGGAUGAGGUUACAGUGAAUGAUAUUGAUCCGACGAUCUUCAAGGCAAUGCUCCUGUUCAUAUACACAGACAAAAUUCCUGAAAUGCAUGAUGUUAUGGAUUCUUCUUCAUCCACGGGCACAUCUACCAACAUGAUACAGCACUUGUUAGCUGCUGCUGACCUGUACAACUUAGAUCGUUUGAAAGUGCUAUGUGAAUCAAAGCUAUGCGAGGAGCUCACGGCUGUAUCAGUAGCCACAACACUGGCAUUGGCUGAGCAGCAUCAGUGUGCGCAACUGAAAGCUGUCUGUUUGAAAUUCGCGGCCAAUCCAGCAAACUUGGGAGUGGUGACACAAUCUGAAGGUUUCAGACAUUUGGAGCAGAGUUGCCCGGCAUUAGUGUGUGAAUUGUUGAAGACACUUGCCUCAGCUGAUGAGGACUCAAGCAUGCAUCCUAGCAGGAAGAGAGGAGGGAGCAGCAUAUUCGGCUUAGAUAUUGCUGCAGCGGGGGAAGCAGCAGAUGAUGGGGCGAUGUUGGUGAUACGCAUUAGGGCCUCGUGUGAGUUUACGUUCUUGGACGAGAGUGGGAAAGAGAUACUAAAGAGAUUGUCCGGCCGGCCAUCCCCUAUAAAGAAAGGAUGCGAGUGGGUUCUAGAGAUCAAGGAAGCAAAUCAAGCAAGCAAGUGUGUACAAAAUGAUUGCAUCAUCAUUCGAGGCACUGUUCGAUUUCUUGCGAAUCGGCAUGAAGAAGUUGAAGGGGCCAAGCAGGGUUCCAUUACCGUACCCGACUCCAACUUUGGCCAGGGUUUCAAGGAGCUACUGGAAUCUGAAGUUGGUUGGGACAUUGUGUUCCACGUUGGCGAUGAAGCAUUUAGAGCUCACAAGUCGAUUCUUGCUGCGCGAUCCCCUGUUUUCAGAGCCCAGUUCUUUGGACCAGCAGGGGAUCCCAACUUGAAUGAAGUUACUGUGGAUGAUAUUCUUCCCUCCAUCUUCAAGGCGAUUCUCCGAUUCAUAUACACAGACCAACUUCCUGAUGUGCAUGAUAUUGUUGGCUUCUCGUCAUCCUCGUCAGUUGCUGCCAACAUCACACAACACCUGUUAGUUGCUGCUGACCUCUACAACUUGGACAGGUUGAAGGUGUUCUGUGAAUCCAAGUUAUGCAAGGAGCUUACUGCCGAAUCGGUGGCCACGACACUAGCAUUGGCCGAGCAGCAUCAGUGCGCACAUCUCAAAGCUGUCUGCUUGAAAUUUGCAGCACAUCCAAAGAACUUGGGAGUGGUGAUGAAAUCAGAAGGUUUCAAACAUUUAGAGGACAGCUGCCCGGCAUUGUUGCGCGAGUUGCUGAAGACGAUUGCAUCAACAGAUGAUAGUGGGGCUAGGGCCAGGCCUUGUCGCAGUGAACCGCUUUGGCCGUCCAAACAAACUGCACUGCAAAGCUUGUGGUCUGAGAUGUGGUCAACUUUUAGUAUGGUUUUCGAUUUGUGGCGGUUCUAACUGGAACCACGCAGUUUAAACUUUUAUAAGAAUCUCACUCACUGAAGAACAAUAAGCGGAAUCGUCAAAAGUGCAAAUGGAUGAGACACUAGAAAUCGAUGGUGGGCCUUGGUGAUCGGUGAAUUCCAUUGACGAUGGUGUAUGAGAAUUAACGGUUAAUCUUGGGGUCAAUUGCGUUGCAAUUGGAGAAUUUUAAUUUGCGACGGUUUAAGUUUUUUAUUAGAAUUA